CUUAAUCUGGUCCGAUCAAAAGCCAAAAUCACCGGACCAAAGUUUCUCAAUAUGAGGUCCCAAUCAAACUCCAGAAUCAACUAAUUCAACGCCGCCACGUCACGGAUAGACCUCACUUUGAGUACAAUCAAACACACAUUAAUCGCACUCCUCUUUCUUCAAAUUUUUUUUAAUCGUCGUCUUCAUCAUCACCAGCAUUACAUUACAUUAUAUUAAUAUUAUUACUAUUUUUACACUUAUUCUUCUGCUUUAACUAUCUCCGCCAAUUUGAAACCUCCAUUAGCUACAGCUUCCUGCUCUUUAUCUUGAAUGGCGUCCUCACUGCAUACCGUUUUGUCAGUUAGUGCAUCAUCAUCAAAUAUCUACACUAAUAAACGAGUUUUUAAAACUCGGUCACUUCUCUCUCCGCUCUCUGUUUCUUUUUCAAGACGUAGGCUCACAAUUAGAGCAACAGAGACCGAUGCAAAUGAAGUUAAACCUGAGGCACCGGAUAAGGCUCCAGCUAGUAGUAGUGGUGGUUCAAGCUUUAAUCAGCUUCUUGGAAUUAAAGGAGCUGCGCAAGAAACUAACAAAUGGAAGAUCCGUCUUCAACUCACAAAACCUGUUACUUGGCCUCCAUUGGUCUGGGGAGUAGUCUGUGGAGCUGCUGCUUCUGGAAACUUCCAUUGGAAUUUGGAAGAUGUUGCUAAAUCAGUUGUUUGCAUGCUGAUGUCUGGCCCAUUUCUUACUGGAUACACGCAGACAAUUAAUGAUUACUACGACCGAGAAAUCGAUGCUAUUAAUGAACCUUAUCGGCCAAUUCCAUCAGGGGCUAUUUCUGAGAGUGAGGUUAUUACCCAGAUAUGGGUAUUGCUUCUUGGAGGGCUUGGCUUGGGUGGUUUAUUGGAUGUGUGGGCGGGGCAUGACUUUCCUAUAGUAUUUUACCUUGCACUGGGUGGAUCCUUACUGUCAUACAUCUACUCUGCACCACCUUUGAAGCUGAAACAAAAUGGAUGGAUUGGAAAUUUUGCCCUGGGAGCAAGCUAUAUCAGUUUGCCAUGGUGGGCUGGUCAAGCUUUGUUUGGGACCCUUACACCGGACAUAAUUGUUCUAACUCUCUUAUACAGCAUAGCUGGGCUGGGAAUUGCAAUCGUGAAUGACUUUAAGAGUAUUGAAGGAGACAGAGCAAUGGGUCUUCAGUCACUUCCAGUAGCUUUUGGCGCUGAAACUGCCAAGUGGAUUUGUGUGGGUGCUAUUGACAUCACUCAGAUCUCUGUGGCUGGAUAUCUACUAGGAGCUGGUAAACCUUACUAUGCUUUGGCCCUACUUGCUUUGAUAAUUCCACAGGUUGUUUUCCAGUUUCAAUACUUUCUGAAGGAUCCUGUCAAGUAUGAUGUUAAAUAUCAGGCUAGCGCGCAGCCCUUUCUUGUGCUUGGUUUGUUGGUAACAGCUUUAGCAACUAGCCACUGAUUCCCUAAACGAGGCAACGACAAUAGCAAACUGCUGGGUAGGAAAGGUGCUCCACGCUAGCGCAUAAAUGCCAGACAUCCAUACACAUCACAGGUUUGCUCUAGGAAUGGUGUCUGCAUUAAUAAGGUCCCCUCUCCUCCACUCCCCCUGCCUUGAACAAAAUUCUACUCUUAAAAAAGAAAUAUUUUUUCCCUCCUAUGUUCCUUCUCCUGCCCUCUUUUUUUUGACCGUGUCAUCUUAUUCAUGAAGGAACCAGUAGUAACACUUGCUGUAAAAUUUUCCAAGGAUGAUUUAAGCUUUGUUCUGUA